GUACCAAGAGAGCGGAAUAGAACCUAUUAUUAUACUUCGCAGCACCUUGCAGGGACAGCAUAGUCGCGAGUCUCGCAAAGCCCGUGAUUUCGACAACUUCAGGAUAAAAAACUCCACAGUUUCAGUAUGGUUGUUACUCGAUAUUCAAUGACAAAAUACGUUCAUCUGGUAUCUGUUUAAUUCGCGGAGCAACUUUGGAAAUCUGACUUUUCUUUUUCCGGCUGAUGCGAUUUAUAUUACUAGAGGAAUGAUGUGGACCUUGCAUGACGGAAUUGGAUUUGUUUUCUUUUCUGGUUUGUGUGUCCAGAUGGGGUUAACUCUUCAAGGAAGGUUUACCAAGAUCCCCGCCAACAUAACAGCUAAAGUGGGGCAGAACAUUGAAAUGGAGUGCGCCUUUCAGAGCGAAACAGCCUCGGUGUAUUUGGAGAUUCAGUGGUGGUUUAUAAGAGCACCAGAGGAGCCGAGCGACAGCGAGGAGACGGCCACAGAGAUGGACAUCAUACCGGAAGUUGACCCAGAUGAUGAAGGAACCAAGAUAAGUACAGUGAAAGUGCAGGGGAACGACAUCUCCCACCAGCUCCAGAGAUUCCGGGUGGACAAGAGUGACGAGGGCCUGUACGAGUGCCGCGUCAUUGACGCCAACUACGGGGAGCUGCGGGAAUACAAGGUGCAGGGCUACCUGCAGGUCAAUGCCACGACGCGGCCUCGGCCACCCAGCAAGACGUCCCCGCUGCACCUGACGGACAAGAAGCCCCGUAAGAGUGGCGCGAUGGCCGGACAGGACAGCGGUAUGAGCGCUGACCAGCGCGCCUCCAGCUCCACCUCCCAGAUGUCCUCGUCCAAAACGAUCCACCACAACCCAGGCUCAGGUACACGGAUAGCCUCACGCCACGGACUUGCUACCCUGCUUCUCACAUGCGGCUUUGUGAGGGGAGCUCUGCUAUAGUUUCAAGUGCUGACUCUUUUCUCUCUCCUUAUCCCACAAAACCCCAAACACACACACACACACACACACACACACACACACAC